GCGUGUCUUUUCCCCUUUCCCCAUUCUGGACGCUCUGUUUCGAUAAGCUUGAGGGCGAGCUCGAGCGGCGCAGCACAGCAGGCGAUUCUCUCCGUCCAUGGCGAUUCUUGCCGGUCGAUUUUGAUUUCGGUUCCCUUUCUUCUUCGAUCCCCGGUGUCGCGCUUGGUUGUUCCUCUCUCCCGCUCUCUUUCGCUCUCUGCCCGUGUGCUUUUUGCUUGUGUUUGGUUCCAGAUCUAGGUGAGUUCAUGUUAUCCCUGUCGUCUCGCACAUUGUUGUAGUUGUAGAUGCAUGAUGUUGUUGACUCCCUGUUGAAGGUGGAGAUGCCUGAUUUGUGUGUGCCGUCGAGCACCUGCUUGUAGUUGUAGACGCAUGAUUUUGUUGACUUCCUGCCGGAGUUGGAGAUGCGUGAUUUGUGUGUCUUCCCGAGCACCUGUUCUGUAGUUGGAGAUGCAUAAUAGAUGCAUGAUUUUAUGGUUGACUCCCUGCUGGAGGUGGAGGUGCGUGAUUUGUGCACCUCCCCGCGGCGCUGAUGCAGUUGCAGAUGCGGUGGUUGUUUCCUGUCUCCUGUCCACGGGUUGUUGUAGUUUGGGGGAUUAUGUAGAUGUGACCCCCCCUGUAGGUGCGUGAUUCCCUGAAUUUUUGUGUUCUGGUCUAUUAUGUCCUGAUGCUUGCUGCGGUAUGCAGCUGUGUAGCUUGCUUUUGUGCCUAAGAUGUUUGUAUGAUGUUUUGAGUUCAAGCAGGCAUGUGUUUUUGAGUUUAAUUUCAGUGUAAUUUGUGCCAGCGCAUUCAGCGUAAUUUUCUGAAGGAAGUUGGGGGAUUAUGUACAUGCCCCCCUUCAUGUAUAGAACUUUUCAGUGUAUUCUAGCCAACUUUUAUAGUGUAAUCCUAGGGUAAUUUGUACCAAGUUUACAGUGUAAUUUGUCCUGCACUUACAGUGUAAUGUACCCAAUGUUUACAGUGUAAUUUGUCCCAAAUUUACAGUGUAAUUUGUCCUACACUUACAGUGUAAUGUAUCCAAUUUUUACAGUGUAAUUUGUCCCAAGUUUACAGUGUAAGCUACACAUUUAUUUACAGUGUAAUUUUAUCCCAGUGUGAAUUGUCCCCGACUCCUAGUGUAAUUACAGUGGAUUGAAAGUGUAGUUUGAAUGUAGUUUUACCCAACAAUUUCUCUGUACUUGGAUUGGUACUAUAGGACUUUUUCAAAUGCUUCAGCUAACUUUAUUUUUCGCCAAUUUUGCUCUAUAGUUUCUAUGGUUCAGUAUUGUAUUUGUCAGUUAGAUUACAGUGGUUUUUUAUGUUUUAAUCGGAUGCCUUUCAGUGUUAUUUAACUUCUUUUCUCCUUUUUGUCCUCCUUCUUGUUUAUAGGUUUAAACGGGUAAGCUACGGAAAGCCUCUCGUCGGGAUGUUCCUUUAGUAUUGUCUUUAGAGAGUGCAGAUUCUGGAGCCGAACCUUUCGUGCCUAAUGAUUUUGCAGAAGAUGGUUCUUAUCCUGUGUCUCUGGAAUUAUCUGGUGAUCAAGGAGGGUUUGACAAAGCUCUUUUGAAGUUCUAUCUUAAUCAAGUGCGUUUUACUUUAUCUUGGACUUUUCAUUUUAUUUUUAUUUUUUCGUUUUUUUACCUUUGGGUGAUGGUUCUGUUUUUGUCCCUGUAUUUUUUGAAAUGCUUCUUUCUAUUGGGAGAGGGGCAGCAGAUAGUCCCUGUAUUUUGUUAAGGAUUUUGCACUGCAAUUUACUAGGUACUUACAGUGUAAAAACCCUUAGUUUUGCAAUGGAUUUUUACAUGUUUAAUUUCACACUGGAAUUUCUGGGGGUUAUACACUGUAAGUCUGCAUUUACAGUUUAAUUUACUAUGUAAUUUACACUGUAAGUACAUCAUUUGUCUUUGCUGCAUCUUUUACUCUGUAAAGUGUACUUUCAAUGUAAUUACACCAUUUUCUUUACUCUAGAAUUUAUGGGAAAUCUACACUUGAAAUUUCUAGGUACAAGACUAGUUACAUGGGGAUUUACACUGUAAUUUUCUAAGAUUUUACACUUGAUUUUGACUAGAUUUACACUGGAUUUGCAUGGGGAUUUUUUACACUGUAACUACAUCUUUUGUCUACAUGCUUACAGUGGAAUUACAUGAUUUACACUCUAAAUUACAUCUUUUGUCUACAUGCUUUCACUGGAAUUUACAUUGUAAUCCUAGAAUUUACACUGGAAUUAUAUGAUUUACACUGUAACUACAUCUUUUGUCUACAUGCUUACACUGGAAUUUAUGGGGAUUUAACAGUGUAUACUUUUCAUGUAAUUCCAUCAUUUCUUUACUCUCGAAUUUAUGGGAUUUUUUUACCAAAUUUCUAGGUGCAAGACUAGUUUACAUGGGGAUUUACACUGGAAUUUUUGACUAGUUUACAUGUGGAUUUACACUGUAAUUUCUAGGAUUUUACACUGGAAUUUUGACUAGUUUAAAUGGGGAUUUACACUGGAAUUUUCUGGGAUUUACACCGGAAUUUUUGACUAGUUUACAUGGGGAUUUACAAUGUAAUUUUCUGUGACUUUAGAAUGGAAUUUUGACUAGUUUAAAUGGGGAUUUACACUGUAAUUUUCUAGGAUUUACACUGAAAAUUGACUGGGUUUACAUGGAGAUUUACACUGUAAAUUCUAGGAUUUACACUAGAAAUUGACUAGUUUACAUGGGGAUUUACACCGUCUCUCCCAUGGGCGGCUCCCAGAUUUGUUCUAGCCCUGUUAGGUGAGAUCUGUCUAGUGGUUGAGGGGGGAGGGGCGUGUUUUGUGGAGGGAUUUGGUCUCUGCGUGCGUUGCAAGCUUGCUGGCAUGUGCCAUGUGAUCCCUGAUGGGGUUUGUUUGUCCAGGACGAACCGGGUGAGAUGUUUACCCGACCCGUUUAGGCGCUCUUUUCUGUUUUUUUUGGUGAUUUUGCUGCUAAUACAGAUGUAUUGUGUUGAUUGGUCAGGAAAUUUGACUGUUUUCGAAUUGAAAAACAGUCAAAUGUCAAAUAGACAGAAUAUAUGGCCUUUGAACGCACACGCAAACAAAGAAGGUUCAUGGAGCUAUUUUGUUUUAUGGGGAAGGUUCGUAGAGAUAAAUCCUGGACUCUUUUUUUUUUUUUGAGGCAACCUGCCGAUAAUGCUGGACUAGUUUCAAAAACUUUCAGCUUUGUACUUGCUGGGCCCGCCAUUACCGGUGAAGCCACAUUUGGGCUGUGGGCAGCCAGCAGCCCAGCGCAGAGAAAAAUCAUCACUCGACCCACGCUCCCCACGCCCCCACCCAUGUGGCCAUGUCGUCACUUUCCCCUUCUCGUCGAGGGUUUCCUCUGCCCUGUUACGUUCCCCACUCCAAUCCAAUGGCGACGACCAGCAACAAGAAAAUGGCGUCGCCGUCGCCUAUGCCGGACAUGCCCGACCAGCUCCUCGCCGAGAUCUUCCUCCGGCUGCCCACCCCACAAGACCUCGCCCGCGCCUCCGCCGUCUGCACCACCUUCCGCAGAAUCUCCACCGACAGGUCCUUCCUCCGCUGCUUCCGCUGCCUCCACGCGCCGCCACUCCUCGGAUUCCUCGACCGCGACGGCUUCCACCCAGCCCUACCCUCCACCCCCGCCGUCCGCGCGGUCGCCGCCGCCGCCGAUUUCACCUUCUCCUUCCUCCCCCACCACCGCCGCUGGACCGUGCAGGACGUCCGCGACGGCCGCGUCCUCCUCUCCCGCAGCACCGGAAAACUUGGGCAGCCCCCGGUCUUCAGAGAUCUCGCGGUGUGCGACCCCUUGCACUGGCGCUACGUCCUGCUCCCCCCGCUACCUCACGACCUAGCUGCUUUGCUUGGGCACCCGUUCCCCCCGGUAACCGAAGCCUGCUGCAAGCGCUUCCUCGUUCCCCUCGGCGAGGAGGAGGCAGCGGCUGGAGACACAACAUUCAGAGUCAUCUUGAUGGCGUAUUGCAAAACCAGCCUGGCUGCCUUUGUCUUCUCUUCCAGCAACGAUCAAUGGCGAGCUACUGCAUCCAAGGAUUUGAGUGAUUUGGCCCUUGACGAGGGCGACAUGGAGGAGAUGUCAAGGGUCCAGCCUUUCAUUCCCAUGCGCCAUUAUGCUUAUGGCUGUUUCUACUGGGACUGGGUGCAAUUCGGGAUGAAGAAGUUGCUCUUGCUUGACACCACGAACAUGGAGUUCUCCGCUGCUGACCUCCCACCAGGAGAAUGGAGCAAGGAAGGUAUAGCCAUUGUGGAGGCCGGGGAAGGCAGGCUCGGGAUCUUUGGUUUCCGUGGUGAACUUGCAUCCAGUCUCAGCUAUACCACUGCACGGACCAAAGGCGAGAGUCCCAGCCAGUGGCAGAUGGAGAAGACAAUCUCACUAGAUUCUGGCUACAAAUAUUGUAUCAGAGAUGCAACACAGAGGUACUUGCUCUUGACAAGGAUAGAAGCAUCAUCCCUAAAUAAUCACCUUGUUGGAUAUUUCUCAAUGGAUAUCAAGACGUUGCAGCUUCAGAGGGUUUAUGAGAAACAGCACUAUUCUAAUCAGACAUACACAUAUAUCAACUUCCCACCAUCAUUGUUGUCUUCAAGGAGAAUAUGAAGUGUCAUUGUCUCCACCACUGUUAGAUCCUCAGUAUCAUGGUUGUGCUCUGAAUCUCCAAGCAAAUCAUAUUGGUUGAGAUGAUUGACUGAAACUUAGAGUUGUCAGGUGAUUGUAUUGUUUCUCGCUGCCAACACCCUGAGCUACAUAUUCACGUAUAUGUUGUUCUAGUUUUUAUGGUGCUUGUAGCUUCAGUUAAUGAGGCUGCUGCUGUCCCAGCGUAAGAGUGAGUGUGAUCAUGAACUUUAACAGUUUCAAUCGACCAACAAUUAUGGUUGAGCUAGCUAGCUGAGGCAUAUUUCCAUGUCCCAUUUUUUUCUCAACUAGUAUUUAUUAGAGUUAUGAUCUCGUUGAGGAUGAAUACAAUACACGUUGAUUGUAACCAUUAAAAGCCUUUGCAUUCUAUCGAAAGUGAAGGAGUGCCCCUAUUUUUCUUUUUUUGAGUUUGAAGCUAGAGCUUUAUUAGUAGUAGGAAACAAGUUGGUGCAUAGCGCCCAUGAUAUCACCAGCAAUAAACUCUGGCACAUCGAACUCCCAUUUUACCCUACCAGAGCCUACAGGUUUAAUUCCAAAUUUACUUAAGCCUUGUUUGUCUGUCGACUGCCUGCAGACAGACAAGUCGCAACUGGACAAGCACAGUCGGUUGUGUGAACAAGUUUUCUGCAAUUAACUCUACUAUGCAGUUGAAAUUCUUUUUUAUUGCAGUCAAUCUCCACCACUCUGAUAUCUUGAUAUGAUGGUUGUCCUAAUCUGAGAGCAUAUCCUAUUGGUUUUGAUAUAAUUGAAUGAAUCUUAAAGAGUUUCCAGGUGAUUGUGUAUUAGCAAUUUUGUAGGAUGAAUUUGAGGGGACAACCAGUUUUCUUUUUGUUCCUUUAUGUGCAUCAGUUUGUGCCAGGAUGGAAUUAAGUUUUUCAAGACUCGUUUAUGUUGAUGUGCCUCUGUCUGGCUAUGUAUUCCAACCUUUUAAUUUAAAUUCCGAUGCUAGGCACACUGGAGCGAGUGUCUGCAGUCACAUGUUUCGAAUUCAGUUUAGAUAAAUAUUACCAAUGUGAUAAUGCUAUUAUGUAUCUUCCUCUACCUAGUUACAUAUAAUUUGUUCCUUUUAGCUCAUAAACUCUCAAAUAUGUGUGCAAUAGAAUUCUUAUUUAUUGCAGUCAAUCUCCACCAGUCCUAGGUCCCAGUAUCAUGGUUUUUCUCCUUAUCCCAAAACAAAUCAUGUUGGUCGAGAUGAUUGACUGAAACUUAAGGAGUUUUCAUACGAUUAUGUAUUAGCAAUCCUGUAAGAUGAAUUGGAGAGGGCACCUAGUUUUGUUUUUCUUUCCUUUUGGGGACUCAUUUUUGUACUUGGAUUGCUGACAGCAGCUAGUGCGUUGAUUCUUGCUACCAAUGCCCCAGUUUCUCUCCAUGUUUUGUAGUUGGAAGUUUGGUAUACUGCUAGGUGCCUGGGUAGUAUAUGAUUUCGUGCUGUCCUGUAACAUGGAGGUACCACUUCAAGUUCUUCACGACUCAUUUCUUUAUGUUGACUGGCCUGAGUGCAAACUACAAUUCUAAACACACUAAAGCGAGUGUUUGCAGUCACUUGUUUCGAAUUCGGUAAUCAAGAUUACCAAUGUGACAAGGUUAUUAAUUACUGAAACUUAAGUAGUUAUUAGGUGAUUGUGCAUUAGCAAUUCUGUAAAGACCACCCAGUUUUGUGUUCUUUCUUUUCUUGUGUGCAUUAUUUAUGUACUAUUAGGAUGGCAGUCGGCAGCUAGUAUGUUGGUUCUCACUAGCAAUACCUCGAGUUUCUUUACUCUUUUUAAGCUAGAAGUUUGUUAUACUGCUAGGUGCAUAUAUACUAGGUAGUAUGAGGACUCCUACAACACAAAUGUACCAAUUCUGUAUUACUUAAGUUUUCCACGUCUCGUUUCUUUAUGGUGUCUUGCCUCUGUCUGGCUAUGUAUUCAAACUUGUAUUACACAUUCCAGUCUAAGCACACUGAAGCGGGUGUUCGCAGUCACAUAUUUUCAAAUUCGGCUGAGACCAAUAUUACCAAUGUGACAACGCUAUUAUGCAAUUUUUCUUCUCUGGUGUCUAAACUUCUAUCUUGUCUGUUCAGGUUUGACAGAGCCGUACGUAAUCAUAUCAGCAUUCUUAAUUCAAAGCGACCAUGGUUUCAACAGCUUGGAGUUCUCACAUACUGACCACUUAGACUACAGAACAACAUGAUCUACAUUGCCUUGCUUGGUGGUGGCCAUGUCAAUGUUUCGGUUAUUAGGUCUAACAUCAAUGUGGAAUUUCCCUGCCUAAGAAUGUGACUUUGAUAUUAGGAGGUCAAGUCAAUUUUUUUUUCUUCAUUAUUAGUUAGAGUUGCUAAAACAGGUAGAAUCUUGGCAGAACGAUCACAACGGAACUGAUAACCAACGUAAGGACAAUAUAAGCAGCACCGGCAUGCAGCUGGAGGGACUUGUUCUUUGUUGUUGCUGCUGCUGCUGUACGGUGAAGGGUAGGCAGCAAAAAAGGUUUGUAGAGCUGUAGAAAGAGGUGAGUGGAAGUCCUAAAUGGUGCUCAUGUUUGGAUCGCCGAAGUACUGAUAAUUUGUGAAAUCUUGAAUAUGCUGUAUGAUCUUGAAUACUGAGUCGACAAUUUUCUCUGCUGUA